AUGUCUAGACCUGCAUCCAUAUAUAUAUCUCAAGCAUUGAGCGCUGAAGAGGCGGUAGUCGCAGCCACCUCCCAGAAAGCGGCAUUGGAGGCGGCCAUCAAUGCCGCGGAAUAUUACAUGAAAGCGCUGCGCUUGGCAUCCCCCGACGAUAAAAAACAACUAGACACGAAAUGCAAGGAAUUGCUGUCCAAAGCCGAGAAGAUCAAGGCCGCUGCUGACUGGCAGUCUGUUGCUCGUGCGGGGCCCCAGAAAGUCUUCCCUAGCUUACGACCACCGGCAUCUACGCGGAAGCUCACCACCCGGGAAGAAAUCAUCAUUCUCGAGGGCGCCAAACUCAACGGUUAUAUCUUUCCACCGUGGAGCCGUGCCCCGCUUCAAGAUGAAUUUGUAUACAAAGGACAGGCUUUUACGGAUGCACCUGAUUUGCACCUCUCUGAAUGCCAGAGAGAGAUUUUUGCAGGCUGGAAAAGGCCACAUGAUCUGUUACGGACAAAGAAUGCUGCUAACCAGGGACAUGAUACAAUCGAUCCUGUUAUGUCGGCUUCCGGGCAAACAGAUCUCGUGCAGGAUGUGUUAACAGACUGUUCAGUGGUUGCAAGCCUAUGUGCCACAACAUCCCGAGCGGAACGAGGUUUAGGACAGCAUGCAUCACCGACACUGUACCCGUGCAAUGAGGAGAAGAGCCCGAUACUUUCGCCUUCUGGAAAAUACAUAUUUUGUUUUUACUUCAACGGAUCUUUCCGAAAGGUAGUGAUAGAUGAUCGAUUACCAUCAUCGAAGACAACACGCUCACUCCACGUGAUCGAUCGCAAUAACUCGAACUUUUUGUGGCCUGCUCUUGUAGAGAAGGCCUACUUGAAGGUUCGCGGAGGCUAUGAUUUCCCAGGAAGUAACUCAGGGACCGACCUUUGGGUGCUAACUGGGUGGAUUCCAGAACAAGUGUUCUUACAUCACGACGAUUCGACCUCUGAUGAGAUUUGGGGACGUUUAUACAAUGCUUUCUGGCAUGGCGACGUAGUUUUGACUAUCGGCACUGGGAAGCUGACAGAAUUCGAACAACAAGGCCUGGGGCUAGUGGGCGAGCAUGAUUAUGCUAUUUUGGACAUGAAAGAGGUAAAGGGUCGUCGCCAGUUCCUUUUGAAGAACCCGUGGGCUGGCGCAGAGCCCAAUAUACAAAGCAGUCUUGCGGCUGAUACCGCCUCACUCGACCUGAAUGAUAAGCCUCCCCUUUCCCCAGGGAAAUUCUGGAUGGACUGUGAACAAGUCCUCCAGAAUUUCGAGAAUCUUUACCUUAACUGGAAUCCUGGUUUGUUCAAAUAUCGUGAGGACAUACAUUUUACUUGGGAUUUGUCGCAUGGCCGAGUUAUCGCCGGCUGCUUCGUGAAAAAUCCCCAAUUCUCCAUCUCCAGUGAUUCAGGAGGCACGGUCUGGCUGUUGCUUGGAAAACAUUUCAAGACAGACCUUGACCAAUUCAGUUCCGGGGAACCGGAAAACGAAAUAGGCUUUAUCAGCAUCUACAUCUUCAAAGCAGAUGGCCGAAGAGUGUCUCUCAGUGACGGUGCGCUCCAUCGCGGACCAUACGUGGACUCUCCCAACACGCUUAUGAGGCUGGAAAUGCCUCCUAAGUCGACCUACACCGCAGUCAUAUCCGAGCAAUCCCUCCCGUCAUCUACUCAGAAUUUCACACUCUCUGCAUUUUCAACUGCCCCGGUGGCUGUGGCACCCUCACUAGAUAAAUAUCUAUGCUUGACCAAGGCAGCUGGUUCCUGGACAGCAAUGACAGCAGGAGGAAAUGCCGAGUCACCUCGAUACCACUCCAAUCCACAAUUCAGUAUACGAAUUUCCGAACCGACUGACGUCUCAAUAUUGCUCGAGACCAGUGAAGCAGAGCUAGCAACCCACGUGAAAAUCUUUUGGUCAAACGGACAGCGGAUAUCGCGCGUGCGAAGCCGAGACAUUAUUGCAGACAGUGGCGAUUACCGUCGUGGAUGCGCAUUGGCCGAAACCAGAUCCCUAGAAAGAGGCACAUACACCAUCGUCUGUUCUACAUUUGCACCUGACCAGCUUGGCCGCUUCACCUUAUGGAUAUCAUCUACGAUCCCGUGUGUAGUCCAGCCCUUGGUAUCUGAGUCUGCUGGGCGGCGCGCUGUCCUAUCUGAAGUAGGUGUUUUGUCUCCGGGCAAGGACCGGAUGCUGGCGUCGCUGCGAGUCUCUCGUUUGACACGGAUUCGACUCAUUGCGAGGAAUAGGCGGUCCACGAUUGGCUCUCGCGCUGUUGCUCCGUCUCCCGUGUUGAUGACUGUGGAGCUGGGCCAGGGGCCAUACAAGAAGAUAUUGGCUACCUCGGAGGAUGGAGCUCACAGCGAUGCUACGUCCGGGGUUCGAGUUGAUGAUUUUGAUUUGCUACCUAGUGCCGAGUCACAGUAUGUAUGGAUUGUUAUUGAGCGUAUUGGGGGCCCGGGAGGGCAGGUGGAGGAUCAUUUUGAAGUGGAAGCAUUGGCGGAGGAGAGAGUGGAGAUUGGAAAGUGGGCAAUUGAAGAUGAAUGA